GCAGCAGGAACAGGGCUGAGGGGAGGAAUGGAGCGGCUGGCCUCCUUCAGCAAUGACCCUUUCGAUAAGCCGCCGUGCCGAGGCUGCUCCUCUUACCUCACCGAGCCCUACGUCAAGUGUGCCGAGUGUGGGCCUCCUCCCUUCCUCCUGUGUUUGCAGUGUUUCACACGAGGAUUUGAAUAUAAGAAACAUCAGAGUGACCAUACUUAUGAAAUAAUGACUUCAGAUUUCCCUGUCUUGGAUCCUAACUGGACAGCUCAAGAGGAAAUGGCUCUCCUCGAAGCUGUGAUGGACUGUGGAUUUGGGAACUGGCAGGAUGUAGCCAAUCAGAUGUGCACCAAAUCCAAGGAGGAGUGUGAGAAGCACUACAUGAAACACUUCAUCAACAACCCCCUGUUUGCAUCUACGUUACUGAACCUGAAGCAGGCAGAGGAGGCGCAGCACAACGAGACAGCCAUUCCGUUCCACCGUGAGUACCCCGGCCUGCCAAGGAGCCUCCUGCCAGGUGCCCUGCGCUCCCAGAACGGGAGUGAGCAGCCUCUGCGCAAGGGUGUCCAGCACACAC